AUGGCAGACUCUGACGGCGACUUCUCCGACGAGCUGCUCGAGCUCGCCGGCGCUACCGAGAAGAAACGAAAGAGACGGCAGGGCAGGAUGUCGGCGGCCCACGGUUCGCCGACCAAGCGGCGCAGGGCUGGCGCGGAUAGCGACGCGGAACCGGAGAGCGAGGACGAAGACGAGCAGGCCAAUCCGUACCCGCUCGAAGGCAAAUAUAAGGACGAGUUCGACCGAGAGAAGUUGCUAUCGAUGUCCGAGAUUGAACGCGAAGAAGUGCUGGCCCAAAGGCUGGAGGAGAUGCAAAGGAUCCAGGACAAGAGGAACUUGGAUCAGAUGCUCCGGGCACAGCGAAAUGGCGGCGCUGAUGCUGAUGCCGUGGCGAGGGCUGCGAAACGGCAACACACCGGUCGGGGUGCUACCAAAGAGAAGAGCCGUAAGCUCGACGAGCUCAAGGCCCGACGUAGAGCAAAGGACGAGAGGAAACGAACCACUGGUUCGCCGAAACGCCAGCGAUCGUCAUCGCCGACUGACAUGGAGAUGUCCUCAGAAGAGGAGGAAGAGGGCAUGAUCAGUAAAUUGGAGGAGGAGGAAGAGCGUGAUCGUAAAUACUUCGAUGAGAAGCACUCCGAGGACGAGCCAAUCACCCUCGAGGAUCUGGAGAAAGUCAGGUUAUCGAGAGACUUGCUGGCUAAACAUUAUUUGGCCCCCUGGUUCGAAGACUACGUGAAAGGUGCAUGGGUGCGGUACUUGAUUGGCAGCAGUCCAUCUGGCCAGCCAACAUAUCGUAUCUGCGAGAUCACUAAUCUUGGCGCGGACCUGACGAAGCCGUAUCCUAUGAAUGACCAGAUUGUUAAUCAACUGUUCGAGCUCAGGCACGGAAAGGCUAUCAAGGAAUGGCCCAUGGAUAGGACCUCUAACUCAGCCUUCCUGCCGCAUGAAUUCGAACGCUUGGUGAAGACAUGUGAAGCAGACAAGGUAAAGCUGCCGAGCAAGAGACAGCUUCAGAAGAAGGCCGAGCAGUUAGCGAAGCUACCCGCGCAACCCAAGACAGAGAGCGAUAUUACUGCCAUGCUCGCCCGCAAGAACGCGCUCAACGCUCAUCGACCUUCACAUGCCUCCAUCACUUUCCAGCGGUCGCGCCUGACGCAGGCUAGGACUCUCGCUCUGCGACGACAGGACUUCAAGGAAGUAACUGAGAUCGAUGCGCAACUCAAGGAGCUGGCUGUCACAACGGACUUCCAGUCCCGUCGCCGCGAUAGCGAAGAUCCCCAGAAUGAUAUCUUGGCAAAGGUGAACGAGCGGAACCGGAAAGCGAACCUGGAAGCUGUUCGCCAGGCUGAGCUCGCUGAGGCCGAUCGUAAGCGGCGAGAGCGCAAGCUGGCUCUUGCCGCCUCGAAGUCUGGGACUUCAACACCCGUGCUAGUAGCGAAGACCAGCCACGGAACGCCUCUCCUUCAAAGCACCUUGGCCGCGGAGCCAACCUCUCGGGACGUCUCGCCACUUCCACCCUCCGCCCUCCCUGGGCAGGACCAAACUCCUGGGACCAAGUCGAAGAGUUUUGCUGCUCAGGUACUCAACGACAUAGAGAUUGACCUCGGAGACUUCUAGUAAUUCUGCGUUCUUCAUUCGCAUACCUUCACAUGGGACUGGCCGGUGUACGCUACAAUCGCUCUGUUAUAGCAUGCAAACGUUUCAUCAUCAUCAUAUCAUUGUACAUACAACUCUAAUGGCUCGGUCGUUGAUCCGCAAUGCAUUCUGUUCGAGAUACGAGAAGACACGCUCAUAUGAAGCCGAC